AUGAGCAGGUCUGCGUUAAAAAGUGUUGAUCGAUUGAGACUUGUUAUUAACACAAGCAGGAACUUUUCUAGUGAAGCCGCUGUUCUACCAAACGCUGCACCAAGACCAAAGUACACACUGGCCACAGUUAGAAGUUUUCCUUCAUUGGAACCUAAUUCUUUUAUACCAGUUUCCGCAAAUGUGUUAUCACUGCCAUUAAGAAGAGAUAUAUUGUGGCAGGCAGUAGUCUAUGAGAAUGAUAAGAGACGUGUGGGUGCGUCAAAUCCACCAGGUAGAAGCGACAAAGGGUUUUCUAGGAAGAAGUUGCUACCUCAGAAAGGUAGUGGUAAAGCCAGAGUAGGUGACGCUAAUUCUCCGAUUAGACACAAUGGUGGUAGAGCACUGGCAAGGACUGCUCCAAAUGACUAUAGUACUGAGUUAAACAAGAAAGUAUACUCGACGGCCUUCUUCACUGCGCUGAGCCACCAAUACAAGCUUGGUAACUUAUUUGUGAUAGGGAAAGAAGGUGAAAUUGCUAAAAAUGACGUGGAGAUACUAGACAUAGAUCUUGGGCAAAAACCUGUGCCUUCUGACAAGAUCAAACCAAAUAAGAUGGCGGAACUGGAGAAUGAGUACUGUGAGAUGUAUUUCAAGAAAUUCUUGGCAGAGAAUAAUCUAUUCAAACAGAGAUUACUCUUUGUCACCAACGAGCCACGAGAGAAAUUGUUACAUGCCUCUGACAAGUACAAGGACAAAAUAGAUAUUAUUCAAAAGGAACACCUGGAAGUUAACGACAUACUGAGAGCAGGUAAAAUAUACAUCGAACUCGAAGCAUUGAAGGGCAUCUCUGCAAAGUAUAUGUCUUACCUUGAGAAUUGA